AUGGGCAUAUCCGGCCUUCUUCCGUUACUCAAGUCCAUUCAUCGGCCCACUGAACUCAAGAAAUAUGCCGGGGAGACGUUGGGGGUGGAUGGCUAUGGCUGGCUCCAUAGAGGCGCGGUUGCCUGUGCUAUCGAGUUAGCCCAGGGUAAGCCAACCCGCAAGUAUGUCGACUUCGCUAUGCAUCGCGUCAGAAUGUUCAAGUAUUUCGGUGUAACUCCCUACGUGGUAUUCGACGGAGAUUUCCUUCCCAGCAAGGCCAAGACCGAGGCGUCGCGUGAGAAGCGCCGCGAGGAGAGCAGGAAGAUCGGGCUGGAGUUCCUCAGGGCCGGUAAGCCGUCCCAAGCCUAUUCCGAACUCCAAAAGGCCAUCGACGUCACUCCCGAAAUGGCACGCCAUCUGAUCGAGGAACUCAAGAAGGCUGAGGUCCCGUACCUCGUCGCGCCAUAUGAAGCAGAUGCCCAGCUGGUCUACCUUGAGCGCCAGAGUUUGAUCACCGGAAUCGUGUCGGAGGACUCGGAUCUUCUGGUAUUUGGCGCAAAGCGCCUCCUGACCAAGCUAGAUCAGCAUGGACAGUGUGUUGAGAUCAACCGGAGGGAUUUCUGCGCCGUGCGCGAAAUCUCGCUCACCGGCUGGACAGACAACGAGUUCCGACACAUGGCCAUACUCAGCGGGUGCGACUACUUGGAAGGCGUCAGCAACAUCGGUCUGAAAACCGCGUAUCGACUAAUCCGGAAGCACAAGACCCCGGAGCGAGUCAUCAAGAUGCUUCGCUUCGAUGGAAAGCACCAGAUCCCCGCUAGCUAUCUGCAAGACUUCAAGCAAGCUGAGCUCACCUUUCUGCACCAGCGUGUCUUCUGUCCCAGGAAGAAAGAGAUUGUUCUGUUGACUGAGCCAGAGCCCUCGGCCAAUCUCAACGAUAUGCCGUUUAUCGGUGCUCCGAUAGAGACAGAGCUGGCUAGGGCCAUUGCGGCAGGCGACGUCAACCCCAUCACCAAACAGCCCAUCUUGGUCCCGAUUUCGCCCGGGAAGAGACGCAUCAGCCAGACUCUCGCGCCAGCAAGCUUGCCUGAAAAACGGCUGGGGAAACCGAUCAGCGAGUACUUCGCAGCUCGCCGGGUUCCUCUCGGAGAGAUGGACCCAAACUGUUUUGCAGUCGAGCCCAGUCGCAACAACGGUUCAACAGAGACUGCCCCUCGCCCGAUAGUGUUCCCGCUUCCUAGGCCGUAUCUGGACGGAGCAGAACCACCAUCAGCUCCAAGUCGGCCGUACACAAACAGCACACGCACAAUCCGGCGACAGAGCGAGCCCAUCUCAAGCCUCCUCGGGCUAAGCCACUCUGCAUCUUCCGAAAAUCGCCGCCGGACAACGGGACCAGUAAUUCAAGUAUACCAAGAUGCGACUCGUUCCGCAAGACCGCCAAAGAAAGCGCGAUUGUGUGACGAUCCAGUCGUCGAGGAUGCUGUUGGCGAAACACCGGAGAGAAGCAGGUUCUUUUCUUCAACGAAGCAAGCGAAACCUGCUAAAAAGGAGGUGGACUUGAUUCUGAUGUCUGAUGACUCGAUUGAGGAGGCAUUCCGAAGUCUGCCAGAUUUUGAUUCCCGGCGUCCUCAGAAAUCUGCACCGGCGGCAGACGAUUUCAGUGAGGAGGCAGUUCUUCUCUUUGAUAGUCGUCAAGAUGAUGACGGUGCCAAGGACGUGGUAGAAGUACCGGCAUCAUCUCCGGUGCAAGCGGAGCGGGCUGAGAAGAAUGGGCAGCAGGAUUCGACAUCAGUAACACCUCUAGGACGCCUGUUGAAGGAGUUCUCGUAUGAGACGGCAGAGCCCCGUACACGGGUUAUCCACGGCUUGCACACGCCAGCAUCGAGUACAAAACAAACGGCAGCACCGAAGAACGCGGCCCAAAGCACCCCACGGACCCCGCUUUUGACGCCGUUACAACGCAUCGGAGCGCAGGCAUUUCAACGAGGUAAAUGCCGGUCAAGUUUACCAACACCGCGGACACCUGCGCCGAACAAAUGUCUGGACUUAUUGUCUCCGGUCAAUCCGGCCCUCGUUCCGCUACCAAAAGCGGAUAUCGGGGAAGUCGAGGCAUUGAACAUGCCAUUGGGAAGCGAAGAUCAGAUUGUACCCGAGAGCGACGAGGAAGACGAGACUGGAGGCGAGGAGCGCGGGGCUCUACGCUGCGAUAGAAGGCUCGAUUUGUCCAAGAAGGUUGACCGCCUUCGCGAGCACGCACAGGCCUUUGAUGGCCUGCUCUCGCUGAUUCCUGCCAAGAUGUACUACGGGGAGGACACCAGUGAUCAAUGGAAGAAGAAGAAACAGACAAAAGAUCAGGCUAGAGCUGCCAAGAGAGGGAAGCUUGACCCUGACAGCGAGUUGAACCGUAAUGCGAAGGAGGUAUUGGACGAGCGGGCGCGGAAUAAGCGCAAGCUUCAGGAGCUAGAAGCUGAUGAGGAGACUGAUGGCUCCGAAGGGGUCAGCGUCAGCGACAUUGUCGGGAUAGAGAAGGAAAAGCCCGGCGAGGGGCUGAAGAAGAAACAGAAGAUGGAUGUUGACGAGGAACCCGCACCGACGAAGCAGAAGAUUGUCGAAGAGCCAGUCAAAAGCGAAGCAGCGCCAAGCAAGAAGCAGCAGACCAAGGAGGAAAAGAAGUUGGCGAAGAAGCUACGAAAGGAGGAGGCAAAGAAACGGAAGGAGGAAAAGCCCAAAGACGGUACCGACGCCGUUGAUGGGGCCAAACCAAAAGGGAAGGGUGAAGAGCCGGCGAAAGACGAAGCUCCCGUUCAGGCCUCUACUGAAGUUGACAGCGACGAGGAUGGAGACAUGGCACCCAUCGAUGUAUCCGGGCUUGCUACGAAAGAAGACCAGAGCGCCUCUGCGGAAUCGACUUCCGAUUCAGCGCCAGGUUCGCCAGUGUUUGAUUCUCAACCGGACGCCAAAAAUCCUUCGGUCGAGCCCGCCAGCACCACAACCUCAAUUUCAUCCGCAGUCCCGCCGUCAGAAAAACCCAAGUACCUCAAAAUUCCUGCCGAUACGACUGCGCUACGCGCUCGCCUCGAGGCCAAACUGGCCGCUAUGCGCGCUGCUCGGAAGGCUGACGAUCCCGACGGUACGCCAAUCCGGACAAGGCAGGAUCUGAUCGAGGCGCGGCGGGAGAAGCAAGCUCAAAGAAGGGCGCACAAGAAGGAAAUGCGGCGGCUGGCAAAGGAAGAGGAGGACAAGAAACGGGAAGAGGCCUUGGCCAGCGCGCGCAAUUCCCCCGGUCUGAGCCCCUUAUUCGAGCAAAGUGAGGGCCCGGCCGCGACCAACUUCGCCUUUGGCCGUCUCACCUUCAACGACGGAACGCAACUGUCGCGUGACCUGAGCUACGAGAAGACACCCGGCAGCGCCAAGAAGAAGGGACCGUCAGACCCCAAGACGGCGCUACUCAAGCUUGAGGCGCAAAAGAAGCGCAUCGCUGAAAUGGACGAGGAGAAACGCAAGGAAGUAGUCGAGAAGGAAACAUGGUUGGCUGCGCGGCGCCGCGCCGAGGGCGAGAAGGUACACGACAACGAGUCUCUGCUCAAGAAGGCGCUGAAGCGCAAGGAAAAGGCAAAGAAGAAGUCGGAGCGCGAGUGGAAGGAGCGUACAGAGGCCGUGCAAACUUCCAUCCAGGAGCGCCAGCGCAAGCGCGAGGAGAAUAUCCGGAAACGCAGGCAGGAGAAACUUGCCGGCAAGGGGGGAAAGAAGAACAAGGGCGUUGCCACCAAGAAGAAGAACCGGCCUGGAUUCGAGGGCGGGUUUGGCAGUGGGAGGAAAUGA